UACUUCUAACAACUUUUCUCGUUCUCUCCAUUUCGCGUGCUGUUUUCUCAACUAUUUUUCCAAGCUGGUUCUCUUCGAUUUUAUUGAGCAUCUGAGGGAUCGGUGUUAUAAUUGGUGGUAUUCUGUUGAAACUGCUUCUAGUUCCGAUCCGGACUGUUCAACAAUGCUGUCUCCUUCGUUUGAAUGUGUCUCGGUCAAUUCCCAACCAACAGAAAGGGCAAAUUCAACCUACAUUCAACCUCAACCAACAGCGCUCGUAGAAUAUGUUAUUGGUGGCUUUGAAUCCAACGCUGUGAGGGAGUAUGAAGUGUCUGAGUAUGUGGUGGGACAAGCUGGGAAUACUGCAAAUAACGACAACACAAGAACGGCAACAACAGCGGUCACAGAAAGCACAACAGCAGUCGCAACAACAACAGCGGUAGCUGUAGCUAUUCCAGUGCCUUCAACCAGCAAGCCUUCAACAAGUAAUGCAACAACUUCGAGCAGUACCAGACAUGGACAUCGAUCAACUUCGGCACAUCCUCAUCGCCAUUCUCACCGACAUUCUUCUCAACGCCGUUCAAGAUCAGCAGAAGCUCAUAAUGCUUCAAUAUUCUCAACAGCAGAACUAGCCGUAGAAAGUGAAGAAGAACAUGAGGAAUUGGCCAGACAGGCGGUUAUGGUUUUUCCGGAAGUGCCUCCAUUUUUGCGUUGUUACUCCAUGGAAAAACACCCAAAAUUGAGUCGUUCUGCAAUUCGGGAUGCUGUAUAUGGUGGAAAGAUUUCACUUCCUCCAUCCUUCACACACAUUCUGCCGUUUCUCUAUGGUCUGUUCAAACUGAAGGUGGUUCAAUAUAAAAUUACUCCUGUGGAACAACCGCUAGUAGGAAUUGAUCCUUACCCUUCUAAAGUGUACUGUGGUGUGCUGGAUUAUGAAGCUCCCGAAGAUCAAUGUUAUUUGCCUCCUUGGAUGAUGCGACAAUUGAAUUUGGAUGACGGUUAUCCUAUCUGGAUUGAAUAUGUAAGACCCGAGCUGAAAACUGCAACUUUUGCAAGAUUCAAGCCGAUUCUGUCUAAGCGAGUGCUCUCCAUUAUUAACGACGAAAAUAUCAAAGAGGUUCGACGUGUGCUUGAAGUGCAGCUGAGUAAAUAUCAGUGCUUGUCUGUUGGGGAUGAAAUUGCUAUUGAGUACAACAAGGACGAGAUUCGCUUUAUUGUUACAGCACUAGAACCAACUACCUCAGCUAAAAUUACAAAUUGUGAUUUGAAGGUGGAUUUUGAUGAUUACAAGCUACUUACAGAAACGGCUAUUUUUGAUGAACACAAAAUGGAGCCUGAAAUUGAUGAGGACUACAAGCCUGGACAACUAACAUUUAUGAGAAGGGAGGGAUAUAAGGCACAUAAAUUGGUCAAGGAAAUGGAGAAGGUGGGGGGGAUUUUGGGGUUAUUUUUGGAAUUUGACCAUUUGAGAUUUGACGUUUUGAAGUUUUAUUUUUUAGCUCAACAACACUAACGGCCCUAAACCAAAGGACAAUGAUGUCAAGAAGAGUGGCUUCAGCGGGAAAGGCUUCAAACUUGGAAAGAAGCCAAAAUAAUAAUAAUAAUUUCU